AGUAAAACACAUUUUCCAUAUAAAUACGUAAACAAAACUCACCACCGUCAGUCAAUUAUUCCUCCACAAUCAUCUUUAGUGAGAAGAAAAUGAAAUUGGUCGUGGUUUGUCUUAUUGUCGUUUCUGUAGCGUAUGGAAGUCCAGAUGAAAAGCCAAAGCAGCCACCAAAAUAUACAACAAAGUACGAUAAUGUUAACGUAGAUGAGAUAUUGAAAAGUGAUAGGUUGUUAAAGAAUUACGUCAACUGUUUGGUGGAUAAAGGAAAAUGCACACCAGAUGCAGAAGAAUUAAAAAGAGUUCUACCAGACGCCCUUCAUAACGACUGCUCCAAAUGUAGCGAAAAACAAAAAGUCAACAGUGAUAAGAUUGUCUCCUUUUUGAUUGAGAAGAAAAAGGACCUGUGGACUGAAUUGGAAGCCAAAUAUGACAAAAAGGGAGAGUACAAAAAGAAAUAUGACGCAAAAUUAAAGCAGCUUUCUCCCAAAGCUUAACUAAUUCAUCAAUAUAAGCCACAUUGUGAUUCUUACUUAGUUUAAAGUCAAUAUACUGUAAUAAGAAUAUGGUAGA